AGCCAUUGCGGAUCAUUCUUUGGCUGGUUAAUGAGCACUUCGUGUACCACCCCGAAAAGGGGGGUGGCGCGAAAAAAAUGGAUUGGAUGGAAUGCGUGGUUAUUCCCGAGUUGUAUCGGGUGCGGUUGAGGCAAUAUUACAAAGAUGUCAGCAUUUUUGCAGUAGCUGUGGAUUCAGAGCGUGAAGUGCAGGAGGCGCUUGCAGAACUGCACCCUGACGAAGAUCCGUUGGUAGUGUUGCAGGUCGGAGAUACACUUUGGGAAUGGCUGCUUGAAAAUAGGUUGUUGAUUAAGCGCAGGAAGAGUGCAUUGGUUGCGAGGGCGAUGCAGCCGAGGCUUGCGCAGAGCAGCAUGGGUAGCAGAACCACUGAGGUUUAUCAGCAACUGCUUGCAACUGACUUGGAGCUGGUACGCAGGGUGGCAAAGACGACAUUUGGCCGAGGCUUGAAAACGGAGGGAGCUGGUCGUGCAGAUUUGGAGAAGGCGGAGACACUUCGCUGGACCGCGCAGUUGGCUGAGUAUAUAACUGAAGGUGGACUCCCUGCGGCGCAUGUUGCGGUGGAAACUGGUAAUAUACCCCAAACUUGGGCCCGACUCUUUGGCGCAAGGCGACCUUCAACAUUGAGGAAUGUUGCAAGAACCUGGAAGCGCUUUAGAACUUGGCUUCAUUUGGUGCAGGGGCGCGCGUGGCCGAGGACACCUGCUGAUGUGAUGGCGUACCUGGAAGAGCGGGCGUUGGAGCCAUGCGGACCGACAGUGCCGGGAACAAUCUUGUCAGCUUUGGGUUUGCUAGAAAGUGUGGGAGGGCUCCCGAAAGAACAGCGAUUGUCACUGGAUCCUGUCUUGAUCAACUUUGUUGAUGGGCUGCGGAAGGAUUUGGAAACUGGAGCCCCCCCCAAGAAGACGGCGCAGUGUUAUUCGAUUGCCAUGUUGAUUUCGGCGGAGUUGCAGGUGGCGGAUAUACAGGUUUCACUGGUGGAUCGGAUUUUCAGCUGGAUUUUCUUGUUGAUGAUUUGGACAGCGAUGCGGGCCGACGAUGUACAAUGGUUGGAUCGUAGGCGCUUCUGUUUCAGCGAGCUGGGGCUGCGUGGGACACUGACGCGGAGCAAAAUCUCAGGUCCAGGACGGAAGAUCCGGGAGCUCCCAGUGUUUGUACAUCGAUUCGCCAACCUGUCAGGUUUCGAUUGGCUGCAGAUUGGAUUUGAUUUGUACGAGGAAGUAUCUCGGGAUUUCCCUGAGGAUAUGUUUAUCACACUGCCACAUAUAGGUGGUGCGAGUUUCAGCCGACGGUACAUCAAGGUUACAGAUUUCAAUUCGUGGAUCAAGGCAGCAAUGGCAAAGUUCCGCACGCCAAAACGGGCGGAGGGUCUGUGGACGGCGACGGAGGAACUGCUCUUACCACGGGAGAUGCUCAAUUUCUGGACGGGCCAUAGCCCUCGACACUGCCUAGUUAGCUGGGCAGCGGCAGUGGGCAUUCCAGCAGAGAAACGGUCUUACCUUGGACGAUGGCAUGCGGCAAGUGACACUUCAGAUAUGUUUUGACUGCCAGGCAAAUUGUGACGGACAUCCAGGAGACGGUCACAAAGGCAGUGGUGACGGGCAGCCCCGUCUACAAUGAGUCGGAGCUGUUGCAAAGUUUGGCACAAUAUGCCACAACAGUGGGAUUAAAUGCAAAAGAAGAGAUCGCGAAACACAACGUGUGGCGCAGGCUGGCUGGCGUUGGCCGACGGAGGCUGGGGGGGAGGUACCCCAUGCUGGAAGAGGACUGGAUUGGCCGGGGGGCAUUGGACGAGGAGGACCUGCCGCAGCAGGUUAUCAUUGGAAAGCAAGGGGAGCCACCACCUUUCUGGAUAAGUGUGUCAAGGCGAACAGGCUUCAAGCGGCUGCGCCGAACAGGUAAAUGCAUGGUUGAUCCUGAUUCAGUGUUUACUUCAAUUUCCAUUUGGAAUCUGAAAGCCAAUAUUGCAGAUGCAUGGUGCAAACACUGUUGGCGUGGCUCCAAAGGACCGCUGGCAGACGAAGACAAGGCUGCAUCAAGUGACACGUCAGGAAGCAGCACUUCGACGGAGUCGGAGAGUGGCGGCACGGACAGAGGACAGGGGGAGGAAUCCCCGCCUGCUUGAUCGCUGCGGAUCCCAGCG